UCAUUUCUUGGUGUGAACAUUUGGUUGUAUGAUCAAAGAUUCAAAACCAAAUCAAUCAUGAUGUUGUUGUUGUUGUUUUUGCUGAUGUUUUUCUUCCCCAAGAACGUGGUAUGCCAAGGUUCAGACCCAACUGGUGGAGAAUUCAGCUUCAAUGGAUUACUAUAUGCUGCAGGAUCAGCCAAUUUGAACAGCAAUGGUCUAUUCAGACUAACGAAUUCUAAGACACAAACAUCUGGUCAAGUUUUCUACAAUUUGCCAUUGAGAUUCAAGGGCUCUGCAAAUGGUAACGUUUUCUCCUUCUCCACCACAUUCGUUUUCGCUAUAGUCUCAAAGGAUAGAGUUAUCAAAGGUCAUGGACUGGCCUUUGUCCUUUCUCCAACAAAAGGUUUGGUCAACGUUGAUGCCACCCAAUAUCUUGGACUCUUCAACAUAAACAAUACUGGAAAUCCUGAAAAUCAUAUUGUAGCUGUUGAACUAGAUACAGUCCAAGGUGCUGAGGUCCAUGACAUAGAUGAUAACCAUGUUGGUAUAGACAUAAAUAGUGUAGUUUCGGAAAUAGCUGCUUCAGCAGGUUAUUUCAAAGAUGAUGGUACUUUCAAAAACAUAUCUCUUACCAGUGGAGAUUCCAUGCAGUUGUGGGUGGAAUAUGACAGUAAACAGAAACGGCUUAAUGUCACACUUCAUCCUGUUCGUGUCCGUAAACCAAAGCUUCCACUCCUUUCUCUACAAAAAGAUCUUUCUCCCUAUUUGCUUGAAUCUAUGUAUGUUGGCUUCACCUCAUCCACAGGAAUGCUAACUGCAUCUCACUAUAUAUUGGCUUGGAAUUUCAAGAUGAAUGGGACGGCUCCAGAUAUAGACCCGUCUCGCCUUCCAGAGGUUCCCCGUUUUAAACAGCCAUGGAUCCAAACUCCAAAGGGUGUUUUGACCAUUAGUUUGACAACAUCAGGCGUCACCAUACUCAUCAUCUUGAGUCUCGGCUUAUGGCUUUUCUUGAAGAGGAAGAAGCUACUGGAAGUUCUUGAGGACUGGGAGGUACAGUUUGGUCCUCAUAGGUUUGCUUACAAAGAUCUACACACUGCCACAAAGGGUUUCAAGGAUACUGAGCUUCUUGGUAGAGGAGGGUUUGGGAAAGUCUACAAGGGUACAUUACCAGUGUCCAACAUAGAGAUUGCGGUGAAGAGGGUUUCUCACGAUUCAAGACAGGGAAUGAGAGAGUUCAUCGCUGAGAUAGCAACCAUUGGCCGACUCAGACAUCCAAACUUAGUUCGGCUCCAGGGCUACUGCAGAAGAAAAGGUGAACUCUACUUAGUGUAUGAUUGUAUGCCCAAAGGAAGCGUCGAUAAGUUCCUCUACCACCAACAGAAACAAAGUCUUAACUGGUCUCAAAGAUUCAAGAUCAUCAAAGAUGUAGCUUGUGGACUCUGCUAUCUGCACCAACAAUGGGUGCAGGUGAUUAUCCAUAGGGACAUUAAACCAGACAACAUCUUGCUUGACAGAACUAUGAAUGCAAAACUUGGUAACUUUGGCCUCGCAAAGCUAUGUGAUCAUGGGAUUGAUCCUCAGACCUCUCAUGUGGCAGGCACGCUUGGGUAUAUCUCACCUGAGCUCUCAAGAACUGGGAAGGAAAGUACAAGCUCUGAUGUAUUUGCGCUCGGAGUGGUCAUGCUAGAGAUUACUUGUGGUCGAAAACCCAUAUUGUCACGAGCAUCACAAAGCGAGAUGGUACUUACUGAUUGGGUGCUAGAGUGUUGGGAGAAGGGGGAUAUAAUGCAGGUUCUUGAUCAGAAGAUUGAGGGGCGGGACUUUUCUGAGGAGCAAGUCGAACUUGUUCUGAAACUUGGCUUACUCUGUUCUCAUCCAUUAUCAGCCAUCAGACCAAACAUGUCCAGCGUCAUUCAAUACUUGGACAGUGUCGCACAGCUUCCUCAUAACUUACUUAACAUUGCAAAAGCUCGACAAGUUCAUGGAGGUACUGAAAUCUCAGGUGACUCCUGUUCUGUCGCACCCUUGACCUUCACUGAAUCCUUUGUCUCUCAUGGACGCUAAAAGAUUGAAACCCAGAUGGUCUUGUAACUUCUUGAUUUCUACUGAAAAUGAAAUCCUUGACUGAUAUGUAGUAAGUUUGCAAGCGUGUAAGAAGGAUAUAUCAGAAACAAAAUGAAUGUAUCAUCGUCCUCACUUUGAAACGCUAUAGAAUAUAUGCACAUACAUUGACAGAAAACUGUAUGAUACUUUUCUUACAUAACUCUAACUAGAACACACUUGGCGACUUCUCUGUAUAUUUAAAUACAUCAUUGACUCUUCAGAAAGAUCCACUAACCAAGAAUCAAGACGAUAAGGACUAAAGCAACUGAUAGAUAUCUUAUCCACUAUUGCAACUCCCCAACAUAUCCUCCUCUAAGGGCUUUUUAGGUCUGUACGUGUUUCUUUUCUCGAUCACUUAAUUGAUUCUUGCGUGUCCAGGCGACUCUGCUUGUAGUCGUAGACAAAAUUGUUUUGCGUUGUGUUCUGAGUUUUAAGUUGACUUUUCGCAUAUCUUCACAAAAGUAAAUUGGUUGAAGGGCUUUUUGCAGAAUUGACCUAUAACUUAAAGUCAAACACAAAAUUAACCUCCUUUUUUAAAAAAAAAUUGGUUUUGCCCUAUUCACCCCACAAGUUCAUACAAUUUACGAAAAUGCCAU